GCUAAUGUUAAGUUACAGGACUUUGUAUGGGCCACUAAUAAUAAUUGGUUUAACGUUAGCAUAGUCGUGAUAUUCAUAUUGUCAGUUCAAUGUUAUGAUUACUAAACAGUUUCCUUAUAAGUUGUGUUUAAAAUUAGGUAUGUGGAAUCAAGGUUUUGGCGCUCAUUUAACCCUCAUACUAAUGUCUAAGAAGAAAGGCGAUGUGCCAAAAAAAGCUGUUUUGCUUGGGAGAGUCGGUACUAAUCUGAAAUGUGGUGUAGUUGGCCUACCGAACGUUGGAAAAUCUACAUUCUUCAAUAUUCUCACUAAAAGUCAAGUCCCCGCCGAGAAUUUUCCAUUUUGCACUAUUAAUCCCAAUGAAAGUCGUGUUGCAGUUCCAGAUGAAAGAUUCGAUUGGCUUUGUGAAUAUCACCAACCUGUUAGUCGAGUACCAGCUUACUUAAAUGUUGUUGAUAUCGCUGGUCUAGUUAAAGGUGCACAUGAAGGACAAGGUUUGGGAAAUGCAUUUCUUUCGCAUAUCCGCAGUGUUGAUGCAAUUUUCCAUAUGUUAAGAUUAUUUGAAAAUGAAGACAUCACUCAUAUUGAAGGUGAUAUUGAUCCUGUACGUGAUUUAGAUAUCAUUGAUGAAGAAUUACGUCUCAAAGAUAUUGAAUAUGUUACUAAAGAGUGGGAGAAAUGUGAAAAAGUAGUUAUUCGAGGCAAUGAUAAAAAACAAAUGCCUGCUUAUGAGUGUCUUGCAAAAGUUAAAAAUAUGUUAGUCAAUGAUAAACGAAAUGUUCGUUUCGGUGAUUGGACUCCAACUGAGGUGGAGAUUCUUAAUGAGCACUUAUUUAUCACAUCGAAACCAGUGAUUUAUUUGGUUAAUAUGUCAGAGAAGGCAUUUUUAAAGAAGAAAAGUAAAUGGCUACCAAAAAUCAAGGAAUGGGUUGAUGAACAUGAUUCCGGUGCAGCGAUUAUUCAUUUCUCUGCUGAUCUUGAACAAAAACUCAGUGAAAUGUCACCAGAAGAAGCUGGGGCUUAUAUGAAAGAAAAUGAAUUCACUACCAUGUUGCCAAAAAUUAUUCGUAUCGGUUAUCAAACAUAA